AUGUCAGCUGAACAAUCAACAGAAGCUCCUGUCGAGACUAAAAAGACCUUCAUUUCUACCUCUGAAAUUGAAAAACACAUUGAGAAGGAUGAUCUCUGGAUGGUUAUUAAUGGCAAAGUCUACGAUAUUACUCCCUUUGUUGACGAACACCCUGGUGGUGAAGAAGUCCUUGUUGACUGCGGUGGCCAGGAUGCUACCACUUCUUUCGAAGAUGUUGGCCACUCCGAUGAUGCCACUGAAAUUUUGGAGAAGCUGUAUGUUGGUGAUGCCAACCCUGAGGAAUACAAGGUUAAGAUCCCCAAGCCUGCCGUCAAGACUGCUUCUGGUGAAUCAAGCUCAUCAUCAUCGAUUCUUCUCCUGAUUAUUGCCGCCGUUGUUGCUGCUGGUGCUUUUAUUUACCUCCAAACCUUCAAAUAA